AUGGUGAAAAAUAAGUGGGAAAAUCAAAAAAUUAAAUCAGAAUUUGAUAUAAAAAUUAUAAAGGAAAGAAAACCAACAACAUUACAAACUCUUAUUGCUACAAUUAUAUUAUGUUGUUUAACAGUGAUAUUACUAAUUAUUGGCAUGUCAUUAAAAUUAGCUUAUGGUCCAUCAUUAUAUUAUAGAGAUGAAAAUUAUUGGCUUGCAGCAAUUGGUCUAAGUCUAGUAGCAAUAUCUUUUCCGCUUGGAAUUACAGCAACCUGUUUAUUGAAUACAUUAUUUCGUAUUAAACGUUAUGUUGAAUAUACUGAAGCACGUAAACAAAUGUUAGAAAGUCAGGUUACUGAAACUAAACCGGAUCAAAUUAUUUAUUAGUAGUGAUAACAUUGAUCUACAAGAUAUAAAAUAAAUCAAAAAGUCUCCUUGUGUAUAUAAAAUAUUCAAUAUAGAAAUAGUUAUUAUAGUUCAAUUAUGAAUAACUUCAAAUUAUUCUAUAAUAAAGGAGAUCAAUUCUUACAUUACAAUAUUUAAAUAGUGUAAGUGAUAAAUAUUUGAAACGUUAGCAACAA